AGAGAUGCCACACUCGCUCCGCGGCUCGCAUGGCGCUCUGAAGACGCCGGCGCCCGCCGCCUUGAGGAGCCGCUGCCCCCGCUCCCAGAAGAUGGGGGAACAAUGAAAUAAGCGAGAAGAUUCCUCUUCUCCCCCCCUCUCUCUCUUGCCCCCUCCCCCCUCCCCUCCCCUCUCCCCUUGACUCCUCUCUGAGGCACCAUGCUGACCCGCCUGUUCAGCGAGCCCGGCCUCCUCUCCGAUGUGCCCAAGUUCGCCAGCUGGGGCGACGGCGACGACGACGAGCCGAGGAGCGACAAGGGCGACGCGCCGCAGCCGCAGCCACCGCCGGCGCCCGGGCCGGGGGCUCCGGGGCCCGCUCGGGCCGCCAAGCCAGUUACCCUCCGUGGAGAAGAGGUACCGGAGGCCACGUUGGCCGAGGUCAAGGAGGAAGGCGAAUUGGGGGGCGAAGAGGAGGAGGAAGAGGAGGAGGAAGAAGGGCUGGACGAGGCGGAAGGCGAGCGGCCCAAGAAACGCGGGCCCAAGAAACGCAAGAUGACCAAGGCGCGCCUGGAGCGCUCCAAGCUGCGGCGGCAGAAGGCGAACGCGCGCGAGCGCAACCGCAUGCACGACCUGAACGCCGCGCUGGACAACCUGCGCAAGGUGGUGCCCUGCUACUCCAAGACGCAGAAGCUGUCCAAGAUCGAGACGCUGCGCCUAGCCAAGAACUAUAUCUGGGCGCUCUCGGAGAUCCUGCGCUCCGGAAAGCGGCCCGAUCUGGUGUCCUACGUGCAGACUCUGUGCAAGGGUCUGUCCCAGCCCACGACCAAUCUGGUGGCCGGCUGCCUGCAGCUCAACUCGCGCAACUUCCUCACCGAGCAGGGCGCCGACGGCGCGGGCCGCUUCCACGGCUCCGGCGGCCCGUUCGCCAUGCACCCCUACCCGUACCCGUGCUCGCGCCUGGCCGGCGCACAGUGCCAGGCAGCCGGCGGCUUGGGCGGCGGCGCGGCGCACGCCCUGCGGACCCACGGUUACUGCGCCGCCUACGAGACGCUGUAUGCGGCGGCGGGCGGCGGCGGCGCGAGCCCGGACUACAACAGCUCCGAGUACGAGGGCCCGCUCAGCCCCCCGCUCUGUCUCAAUGGCAACUUCUCCCUCAAGCAGGACUCAUCGCCCGACCACGAGAAGAGCUACCAUUACUCUAUGCACUACUCGGCGCUGCCGGGGUCGCGGCCCACCGGCCACGGGCUGGUCUUCGGCUCGUCGGCUGUGCGAGGGGGCGUCCAUUCGGAGAAUCUCUUGUCUUACGAUAUGCACCUUCACCACGACCGGGGCCCCAUGUACGAGGAGCUCAAUGCGUUUUUCCAUAACUGAGACCUCGCGCCGCCGACCCCUUUCUAUUUUUCUUUUGCCUUUGCCCGCCCCCCCUCUCCGCGCCCCAAGCCCCCAUUGAGUGCAAGAGAACCCCCACCUAUUCUGGCGCCGGCCACGGGGUGGGGGGAGCGGGCGGCCCAUCCUGCCACUCUCCGGGGCAGCGCGAUCUACCUGUGGGUGGCCCGUCCCAGGGGCCUCGUUUUCCCCCAGGGGACUCGCCUUCUCUCUUCCCCCAGGGGCUCCCUCCGCUUCUCUCCCAGGAAGUUCUUCUCUAGGGGCCUCUUCUUUCUGGGCGCUCCCUGGAGACACCCCCCUUCCCCAUUCCUAACAUCUUUCUUAGGUUUUCCCCUCCUUCUCCUCCAAGCAGGACCAAGGGCGUGGGUGAGAGGGCAGUGGAGCUGAGGACGCGGGGUUUCCUCUCUCAUUGUUAUUUUAAAAACCAUCACCGUGCUGCCGUGGUCGAAAGGAUCGGGGUACCCCCUCUUUCUUGAAGAGGGCAGAAGUCUAAGAGCUCAAGCCCUGGCCUAGACUGCCUUCACCCCAAACCCGAGUCUCCGCAUUUUGCGAUUUUUAAUUUUGGCGGGAGGGGAUGUGGUUUGAGAGGAAAGAAAGAGAGAGAGAGGUCAAGCCAAUUUGUAACUAAAACCCAUUUUUCCCUUUUUCCUUUUUUUUUAAACAAACAAACAUACAAAAAAAA